AUGUCAUAUUACGACAUAGACGCCAUUCUCACCGAUGCGCAGAAACUACCGUGUACAUUCGAGCUCGCGGUGCCUGGGCUGGGUUAUCUCGACGGCAAUGCCGGGGAAGAUAUAAAGCCAGGCACCCGGAUCGACCUCCCCCUCUGGCUCGGCGAGAUGCUUGCGGUCGGCGCCCGCGCCGACUCAUCCCCCCUCGUCACCCUCGACCUCUCCACCGCACUGUCGGAACAAGUCCUCAACGCCCUAAAAGCCAAUCCGGGCACGGUAGACCUGCGCUCGCUGGCGCCGCACUUCUAUAGCCUUGCCGUGCGCAUUUUGCAACUGUUCGAGGAGGAGGAGAUGGUUGAUGUGCUUAUGGAGGCGUUUAAGAAGCGCUCGAUGGAGAUUGCGGAUCAUGCGUAUAACUCGCAAGGGGCGCUGGGGGAUGGGGUUGAGUUUUUGAGGGGGUUGGAUGAGACGGAGAGGAGGUUGUUUCGAAUUGCGCAUAGCAGCGCGAAGGAGAUGCGUGUUUGGUCCGGGGAGACGAAGAAGUAG